AUGGGUGGGAGAAACCAGCAAGUAUGGGAUUCUAGCAGGGGGGUUGUUUUUGCUGGGCAGAGCAGGGGGUUUACGACUUCUCUGAUGAGACCAACUGAGGCUGGGGAGCGGACAACGGUGGAGAGGGAGACUUUUGAGAAGAGUGUUGAGGAGGGAGGGGAGGUUGCUGAGGAGAGGGUGGAGGUGAAGGUUGAAAAGGUCGAGACUGUCGGUGUUACGGGCGAGGAGGGACAGGAAAAGGCUGAAGAUGGGGAGAAGAAGGUUGAAGGUGGCGAGAAGGAAGAAAAGCGCGAGGAAGAAGUCCUCACACCACCACACACACCCCUCGACUACAAGAUCCCCGACGACAUCUUCCUCGCAGCCAAGAAAGCCCCCGAGGGCUCACCGAAAUCCUACUGGAGCUACCAAAUGUACCGGGGGCCUCAAAAUCAAAGGCCAAAGGUCCAUUACUGCACCACCCAGACCGUCGCCGAGCGCGUCAUCCAGAGAUAUUUCCUCAACGAGCCACUGUUAGGAUUCGACCUUGAAUGGAUGGCAGACGCUCUGCCAUGGCACGGGGCGAGAAAAAACGUCUCGCUUAUACAAAUCGCGUCACCAACCCGGAUUGCCCUUUUUCAUGUGGCCCUCUAUCCUAAAAGUAAACCCCUCGCCACGCCUCUUUUGAAGAAGAUAUUGGAGGAUCCAAAAAUCACCAAAGUCGGCGUUUGGAUCAUGGGCGACGCCGGUAAAGUGCAAAAGUAUCUCAAGAUCACCCCGAGGGGACUGUUCGAACUGAGCCACUUGUACAAGCUGGUCAAAUAUUGCGAGAGCGGGGAGCACAGCCUCAUCAACAAGAAGCUGGUCAGUCUUGGGAAGCAAGCCGAGGAGGUGUUAAAGCUGCCAUUAUACAAAGAACUUGAUGUUCGAACAAGCAACUGGUUACAGUCGCUGCGGCUCGAUCAAAUCAUAUGUAAGCCCCCCACCGCCUCCUUUUGCUCUACUUUUCCAAAACUAACACCUCCCGGCAGACUCAGCCUCAGACGCCUACGCCGGCGUCCAAAUCUACUCCAUGCUCAACCACCAACGCCUCCAACUCUCCCCUGCCCUCCCUCCCACCCCGCCGAACUCAAACUCCCUAUUGAAUUCCCUGAUCACACCGUCCUCCCCCCCUCGACAGAAACGGACGAAAUAGAAAUGACGCCCGCCGAAGCCGUAUCCGAUCCAAAACUCACCACCACCACCACCACCACCACCACCACCACCACCACCACCACCAAAAAGCCACGGGGAUCCUCCACCUUCAAAAAGGAAAAGCACCCCCUCGUCCGCGAAGCCGACAUGUGGCUAGCACAAUACUUUGUCUCCCACCCCCAACCGGCAAACGCCACCAGCGCCACGGCCGUCAUGCCCUCCCACCUGAGGGCGUAUUACAUCUGGCAUCACAACCCAGAGCAGAGCAUACAAGACAUCUGCGCCCUGCUCCGCGACCCGCCGCUGCAGGUGGCGACGGUGGAGAAUUACAUCUUCAAGGCUAUCAAGCGGGCUGGUGUGCAGUAUGACAAGGCGAGGGUAAUCGAGAUGCUGGAAGCGAAAAGGCAGGCUGCGGCACCGGGGGCGAAGUUUUUCGAGCCCGAGUUUCUAAGCAAGUUGAAGGAGGAGGAGGCGGCGAUGGAGGAGACGGUGAUGGAGGAGACGAGGAGGGAGGAUAGUGUUGUUGUGUAA